UUAAAGAUGUACUCCCUGAGGUAUGACGACACAGGUAAACACCGGACACGACCCUUCCUUGCUGGGAUGAGGAACUCGUCUCUCUUUAGAUAGGCUCCAUUUUAAAGCUACAAGAUGAGCAGUAAAAUUUUGAACUUCAAUGUAGGUGUGCUGGGACAUGUCGACAGUGGCAAAACAUCCCUAGCCAAAGCCCUUAGUACAGUAGCCAGCACUGCCUGCUUCGACAAGAACCCACAAUCGAAGGAGAGAGGAAUUACCAUUGAUCUUGGAUUCAGCUCAUUUCUCGUUGAUCCCUCAGACGGCAUUAGAGAUGCUGGCUAUGAAAAGACUCAGUUCACAUUGGUUGACUGUCCGGGUCAUGCAUCACUCAUCAGGACCAUUAUUGGUGGGGCACAGAUUAUUGAUGCAAUGAUGUUGGUUGUGGAUGUCACAAAAGGCAUGCAGACUCAAACAGCAGAAUGCCUUGUUAUUGGUGAGAUUUUGUGCGAUCACUUGCUUGUUGUAUUAAAUAAAGUAGAUUUAUUACCUGCAGAAAAACAGAAGGCUGGCAUUGAGAAGAUGACAAAGAAAAUCUUGCUUACUCUGCAGCAGACUAAAUUUGCCAAUGCUAAAGUGAUCGCAGUAGCAGCAAAGCCUGGUGGUCCAGAAGCACCAGAUGUAGAACCAGUUGGUGUUAAGGAACUUAUUGAAUCACUAACAGCAUUUUCAUAUGUUCCAAAGAGAGAUGCAAUUGGACCUUUUAUUUUUGCAGUAGACCACUGCUUUAGCAUAAGAGGCCAAGGAACAGUCCUCACCGGUACAGUACUUCAAGGUGCAGUUGCCAUAAAUGAUAAUAUUGAAAUUCCUAGUCUCAAGAUUACUAAAAAGGUUAAAUCAAUGCAGAUGUUCAGAAAACCUGUUGAGAAAGCAAUACAAGGAGACAGAGUUGGAAUAUGUGUGACGCAGUUUGACCCAAAACAGCUAGAAAGAGGGGUAGUUGGUACACCAGGGCUCAUUCAAACUGCAUAUGGUGUUCUUGCUGAAGUAGAAAAGAUUAAUUAUUAUAAACUUUCCAUUGAGACAAAAGCUAAGUUUCACAUUAGUAUUGGUCAUGAGACAGUUUUAGCUAAAGUUUCUUUCUUUGGAACUGAAGAUAAACUUGAAACAAAAGAUGGAUUUUUGUAUGAUGUUAAUUAUAAACAUCAGAGUGAGUUAAUCCCUGUAAAAUCUCUUGAUCAGGAAGCCACUUACAGACCGCAGCAUCAGUUUGCUGUCAUAGAAUUUGAGAGGCCAAUUCAGAUAACACCAAAUUCAAUGCUAAUUGGUUCUAAACUGGAUUUGGAUGUCAACACAAAAUUGUGUCGGCUUGCUUUCAAAGGGAAACCCCUGGAAAUCUUCACUGACAAGAACUAUCAUGACACCCAACUUGAAAAAGUAAAAGUAUACAAAAAUAAAAGCAAAGAAGGAAUUGUAGAGAGAAUGACAAAUGAGUAUGAAGUCAUUGUCAAAAAUCUAUUAAAGAAAGACACAAAUAGCCAGCUAUUCAUUGGACUUAAGGUAAAGUUCUCGACUGGAGAAGAUGGUUUGAUUGAAGGGACUUUUGGACAAGGUGGUAAGAUAAAGGUCAGAGUGACUGAGGGUUUGCAAGAUAAAACUAAAGAUGCAUUAAAAAAACUGUCAGGUGGAAAGAAAAAAGGAAAAGGGGCCCAAGAAAACCAGAAUCCAAGUGAAAAUGUAGAACCAGUGAGAGUUGUUCUUAAUUUUAAAAAGUAUAUGUAUAGUAAUACAAAGAAGAUUGUUCAGACGUGAAAUUUGUUUCUAGUGCAGCACAGUAUAUUUGUAUAUAUUUGUCAGCUAUAAUAACCACCUGUCUUGACCUUUCCACAAAGAGGUAAUAGUUCCUCACAUGGUGCAAGCUGUCAGAGAUGUACAUUUGAAUAAUUUUGGAGUGAUUACUUGGAAGAUGUAAUUUUUAUUUAUUUAAAAAAAAAAGAUUUUCUGUGAAUUUUUAUGGUGUGUUGAUUAUAUUUUAUACUUUUUAUAAUGAGUAUAUAAGUGGUAGACAUUCUUAACAAUUACCAAUAUUUUGAUUUACCAGUUACUUUAACCUUUUUGUACCCUGGAAAUUAUUUAGGUACUCCACUAAGAUAAAACAAAACAAUAGGUGUCACAGUCCACUUAUUUCAGGAAAAAAAUGAUAGAUGUUCGAGUUAUUAAUUGUUUAAUUAAAAAGUGGUUUACACCCUAUUUAAACUUUGUUAGUUUUUUGCAUGUUGCAUAUUUCCAUAAGGAGUAGAUGGUUGAAUUGAGCCCCUGUCCCUACUGCCAAGGAUCAGAUGUAUAAUGUCAGAUUUUGUACUGUGGUCGUUUAUUAAAUGGCUUAUAGUUUGC